GCUUGUUGGGCAGCGGGCGGGGCCGUCAUGGCGGACAAGAGGAUGUGUGUGUUUAUUGAGUGGGAAACAAUGCUGCUCAUUUAAAACAUUCAGAAACUCACACGCGUUCUCUGGCAGCUAGCUUCGCUCAGGACGAUUUGCACAUCCUACGCCCGGAAGACAUGGAGCUGUCUUCGGAGGGCGAGGCGGCGGAGCACAGGAGGGACCUCUGGAAGCUGUUGUCCAGCCUGAAGACCACAGUGGAGGGUCUGCUGUCCACCAACAACCCCAACGUUUGGUCCCGCUACGGCGGCCUACAGCGCCUCCACAAGGACAUGAACAACAUUCUCAGCCACGGCUUGAAGAACGAGCAGGUGUACUACAAGCAGAGAGAUUACUGGCCGUUUGUGUGGUUUGUCCGUGGCAUCAGACCUCACCUCGCCUCUCAUGUCGAACAGUUCAGUCAACUGGAGCCGGUAGUCAACAGCAGGAUGCAAAGCGGCGGCGAGACCUACAAGGCCGAACGCUGGUUGCUGCACAGCUUGCAGGUGCACAUGCUGUCAGCGCAGCUCAAACCUCUACUCCGGCACGUGACGCACACAAGAAAAUACUACAAUGAUGAGGCCUUCCUGCUCAGUGAGCCACAUGUCACUGCCAUGUUCCAGUGUCUGGAAGCUGUGGAGCAGAAUAAUCCCAAACUGCUGGCUCAGAUAGACGCCGUCGGGCUGUCCCCUCUGAAGACCCUGCCGUGCCUCGGCCUGUUAAAGAGCCAGAGCCUGUGUGUGUUGCCGGGGGCUGGCGGGGCAUGGAGAACUGCCGACACUGCACCGACUGGAGAGUUUCUAAACCGGAGGCUCACCACUUCACACUGCUCCCUCCGAGAUGUGGCUGCUACAGCCACCUAUGGGAACAUGACAGCAGUUGGCUCCCCAAACAGUAACAGCACAAAUUCUACCUCACCAGCCAGCAGUCUGGGCGCUCCCUGGGUGAGCAUGACCAAGCCGGAGGAAAGCGAACGGGGCGUGACGCCCCCUCCUGGACACGCAUCCAUACCCUCCAUCUCUCUUUCCGGGUGUCCCUCGCUCCCCUCCCCUCAGCCUGACACGGGCGAUUCAGGCGACUGUGAAUAUGACGACGGUCCGGAGUACCUGGCCAUCGGUAACCUGGGGCAACGCAGUCGCCGCAGCACCCAGAGCUCCACGCCGAGCAGCGAGCCCGGAGAGAGCAAGGGCCGGACCGCUUUGGGAGGUUCCCAGGGCCUGGCCGCGCCCAGGCGCUCCUCUUUUUCGGAGGGCCAGAGAGAGCCGAGCCGAGGCUCUCGGGGACACACGCGUUCUUUUUCUGACACAGGCCUUACCCAAAAACUCAGGAAAGAAUCGACAAGCGAUGACUGCUGCAUGAAGGACUACAACCCUUUCUCACCUCAGCACAGUGAUGCCAGCACGCCCGCUUCCCUUUACAUGGAUUCUCAUGGGUCUCAGUACAGCAGGGCAUCAGAUGGUUUGUUCAGGAAGCCCUCAGAGGGCCAGAGCCUCAUCAGCUACUUGUCAGAGCAGGACUUUGGCAGCUGUGCGGACCUUGAAAAGGAGAACGCUCAUUUUAGCAUCUCCGAGUCACUUAUCGCGGCCAUCGAGCUGAUGAAGUAUAACUUGCAGCAUCGGCAGCAGCAGGAUGAUGGCGAGGAGGAAGGAGAUAGUGACUCUGAGAUUCAGCAGCUCAAGCAGAAGAUCCGCCUUCGAAGGCAGCAGAUCCGACGCAGCCGCCUGCCGCCCUGCACGGCCUCCCAGCACAUUUUCCACUCCACCGAUAGCGGCGGCUCGAGGAGGAGCUCCCAGGACUCCCUUCACGGCCUGUCUGACUCCGACUCUGCCGAGGAGGUGGAGGAGUGUGAACUACGAGAUGGCUGUGAGGGUCAGUCCCUGCUGGCGGUCUCUCAGAACGGCCUCUCCCUGUCACUUGCCUCCCUUUUUUCAGAAGCAGACAUUAAGCGCAGCGUAAGCUCCAGCAGCAGGUCCUUUUUGAGCUCAGAGUCCAUCUCCACCUCCUUCCUUCAGUCCAACUCAGCUGAGUCGGUCGCCAUGGGUUUGCUCCGACAGUUUGAGGGCAUGCAGCUCCCCGCAGCCUCCGAGCUCGACUGGCUGGUUCCAGAACAGGAUGCCCCGCAGAAGCUGCUGCCUAUCCCAGACUCUCUGCCCAUCUCACCCGAUGAUGGGGAACAUGCCGACGUCUAUAAGUUACGAAUACGGGUGCGAGGGAACCUGGAGUGGGCGCCGCCACGACCGCAGAUCAUCUUUAACAUUCACCCGCCACCCAAGAGGAAGAUAAUCGUGGCUAAACAGAAUUACCGCUGUGCUGGCUGCGGCACCCGUGUUGACCCAGACUACAUCAAGAGACUGCGCUACUGCGAGUACACCGGCCGUUACUUUUGCCAGUGCUGCCACGAGAACGCCCAGGCUGUGGUUCCCGGUCGAAUUCUGAUGAAGUGGGACUUCGGCAGAUACUACGUGAGCAACUUUGCCCGUGACUUGCUGAGCAAGAUUGCUGGCGACCCACUCUUCAACCCGAAUGACAUCAAUAGUGGUCUCUACAAGAAGGUCAAGGCGCUGGAGUCCGUCCGUGUUUUAAGGAUGCAGCUGUUUCAUAUGAAAAAUCUCUUCAAGACCUGUCGCUUUGCAAAGGAGGUUCUUGAGUAUUUUGACAGUCUUUCCGGUCACCUGACAGAGGACCUUCACCUGUUCUCCCUAAAUGACCUCACCUCCGUGCGCAACGGGGAAUUGGCCCCACGGAUGAAGGAGAUGCUUAAACUCGGCACCAUGCACGUAGCAGGCUGUGUGCUGUGCCAGGCGAAAGGCUUCGUGUGCGAAUUCUGCGGCAACGACAAAGACAUCAUCUUCCCCUUUCAACUGAGCAAGUGCCAGCGCUGCGAAGAGUGCCACGCGUGUUACCACCGCAGCUGCUUUAAGGCCAGCUCGGAAUGCCCUCGAUGUCAACGACUGGCAGAGCGCCGAGAGAGGAUGGCGCGCAGGAACAUGGAGGAGCAAGAGGACGAGGGCGGCGGGAGUUAGCGCCAAAACAUGGAGGCAAGAAGAAGAAGUGCACAAUGUGACCAUGAUUGUAAUGACUCUGUCCUGAUUUUGUGUGUCUAACUGCUGUUGAUUUCCAACAAGUGUUCCCUGUUAGCACCUUUGACGCUUUAGCACUUAACACUGGAGAAUGCGUCCCAUGUGGGGGGAAAGAAAUGUUUCAGGUGAGACCAACGUCGAUACCGUAACUCCUCUAAUACGGGGGCAAGCCAUGUUGCAGCGGCGCACAACAUAGCCAAAGAUUGCUUACUUUAUUGGCACUUAAGUUCUUCCCCUUUAGCCGUGGAAGACUCAUACAUGACAGCUAAUCAAAUACCCAGGUUGGAUAUUUGUCUUUUUUUUUUUUAAUGUAUACCGUAAAUGCUGUAAUUAUAGCCGGGACGUUAAUUGGAAGCAGGCAAUAACUGGUUUAUUAUAUAAUAACUGCAUUAUUAUAUAAUAACUUUAAUAAUGGUUUGGAGUGCAUGAGAAAGUGGGACCACAUGGUCCGUUUUUAACAAGUACAUUUUGCAGCACAGAACCAAGGUGUUAGCGGUAAGGAGUAAAGUGCUGAGUCAGCAUUAAUACUACUAAUUAGUAGUGUAAACAGCAUGCAUGACUUUCACACCAUGUGUAAUGUAAAGGUAGACAAACCACUCAUGGUACUGCUAAUGCAACUGCUGCCAUCUAGUGGAGUCAAUACGUCAGGAGGUUGCCUACAGCCACUGCUGUUAACGCUAAUGUUUUUGCCUUGCAGUUAUUUGCUUGUGUACAGUUAGUUGAUUAGAGGCGUUAAUUGGAGCAUUUACGGUGAUUAACUUCUAUCAACUAUUGCAUUUACACGUUGCAGGCGUAACAAAAAUGUUUGAUUUUGAUUUAAAAUGGCUGAAUUGUUGUUGUUUUUUUUCAUGUUACAAAAAGAUUUAUUCUAUGGCUGAUUUACAAUGUAUAUUCCUGCCAGUUACUGUGUGUUUUAAUGAAUAUUUUGUUUUAAAAUGUUUUAGCCACAGAGAUACUCAAGACCAAAACAUUUUUGCAGGGCUAGCGUACCAGGCUAAGCUACAGCUAAAUCUAGCUGAAGAGAUUCAUCUAUAGAAGAACGAGUGGGUGAGUUGUAGAACUGGACGGGAAUCUUUUGACAAAUCUAGAGCCUUGUCAAAGUUCACGCUCCUGGGGAUCCUAAAUUAGGGACCGAGUUUAGCUGUUGAGCUAAAGCUAUCUGAUGCAGUGAUGUCAUACUUUGCCUAAUCGGGAGAAGGACACAUUUACAGCACUUCAACUUAUUGGCCUUCCUGGAGAACGUCCGGGUCUUUGCACUGAUGUGUGGGUAGGGGAAUGCCACUGCGAGGUUGUUUUCUUGUUGAUUUACUUUUAAAUGUUCCUACUCCACACCUCCGUCUGUCACUCGGGUUGCACAACUGUACGGAUAUUCAAAAUACACGAUAGUAUCGAUAAAAGAAAACUAUCAACCUAAGUCCAGCCCUCCUUUUCCUAACUGUAAGGUUGUUUAGACAUGCUCUCGAGUUGCAUCAUAUUUGCAGCUGCACUUAUCGGCUUUGAUUGUUGGGGUUAACGAGACCAAAACUAUAGUCCCUAAAACCGACGCAAACCAAGCUGACCGGUUCCUUUUCAGUGGUUAGCACACACUUUUUGGCUUUAAAGUGUUGACACCAUUUCAAGUGCACUGCAGAUGAAGUUAUUUUCUUUUAUUGAGAUUUAAAUUGUUAUAAAGAUUGUUUAUUUGUGUUAUUUUGUAAUUCUAUUUACAAUAAAAGACUGGCCAGACUGUUAA